CUUCCUCCCCAGUCCCUCCCCUCCCCUCCCCCUUCCCUCCUCCGGCUCCAGCCUUUGAGGCCGCGCGGGUGGAGAAGGCUAUGGAGUAAGCCGGCGGCCGCGGCAAGGCUCUGAGGCUGAGCAGGGGCAGCCAGGAAGCGUUUGGGGGGGCGGGGGAAACGAGCCCCAGCACCGCCCCUCCCGGGAAAGAGGGAAGAGGUACGUGGCUUUUGGUUACGAUGCUUCCUCUGCUUGGAAGUGCGCUUCUUUUCCUUUUCAUCCAGUUCAGGGAAGACUUUCCUGGUUCAGGGAAGACUUUCCUGGUUAAGGUAACUACUCAAUAUUGCAGCCAUGGAGUCCAUGCUUAAUAAGUUAAAGAGUACUGUUACGAAAGUAACAGCUGAUGUCACUAGUGCUGUAAUGGGAAAUCCUGUCACUAGAGAAUUUGAUGUUGGUCGACACAUUGCCAGUGGUGGCAAUGGGCUAGCUUGGAAGAUUUUCAAUGGCACAAAAAAGUCAACAAAACAGGAAGUGGCUGUUUUUGUCUUUGAUAAAAAGCUGAUUGACAAAUAUCAAAAAUUUGAAAAGGAUCAAAUCAUCGAUUCUCUAAAACGAGGAGUCCAACAGUUAACUCGAUUACGACACCCUCGACUUCUUACUGUCCAGCAUCCUUUAGAAGAGUCCAGGGAUUGCUUGGCAUUUUGUACAGAACCAGUUUUUGCCAGUUUAGCCAAUGUUUUAGGUAACUGGGAAAAUCUACCUUCCCCUGUAUCUCCGGACAUUAAGGAUUAUAACCUUUAUGAUGUAGAAACCAAAUAUGGUUUGCUUCAGGUUUCUGAAGGAUUGUCAUUUUUGCACAGCAGUGUGAAAAUGGUUCAUGGAAAUAUCACACCUGAAAAUAUAAUUUUGAAUAAAAGUGGAGCCUGGAAAAUAAUGGGGUUUGAUUUUUGUGUAUCAUCAUCCAAUCCUUCUGAACAAGAGCCUAAGUUUCCUUGUAAAGAAUGGGACCCAAAUCUACCAUCAUUGUGUCUUCCAAAUCCUGAAUAUUUGGCUCCUGAAUACAUACUUUCUGUGAGCUGUGAAACAGCCAGUGAUAUGUACUCUCUAGGAACUGUCAUGUAUGCUGUAUUUAACAAAGGGAAACCCAUAUUUGAAGUUAACAAGCAAGAUAUUUACAAGAGUUUUAGUAGGCAGUUGGACCAGUUGAGUCGUUUAGGAUCUAGUUCACUUUCAAAUAUACCCGAGGAAGUCCGUGAACAUGUAAAACUACUGUUAAAUGUAACUCCGACUGUAAGACCAGAUGCAGAUCAAAUGACCAAGAUUCCCUUCUUUGAUGAUGUUGGUGCAGUAACACUGCAGUAUUUUGAUACCUUAUUCCAAAGAGAUAAUCUUCAGAAAUCACAGUUUUUCAAAGGACUGCCAAAAGUUCUACCAAAACUGCCCAAGCGUGUCAUUGUGCAGAGAAUUUUGCCUUGUUUGACUUCAGAAUUUGUAAACCCUGAUAUGGUACCUUUUGUUUUGCCCAAUGUUCUACUGAUUGCUGAAGAAUGCACCAAAGAAGAAUAUGUCAAAUUAAUUCUACCUGAACUUGGCCCUGUUUUUAAACAGCAGGAGCCAAUCCAGGCUAGCAACAUGAUUUUGUUAAUUUUCCUACAAAAAAUGGAUUUGCUACUAACCAAAACUCCUCCUGAUGAGAUAAAGAACAGUGUCUUACCAAUGGUUUAUAGAGCACUAGAGGCUCCUUCCAUUCAGAUCCAGGAACUCUGUUUAAACAUCAUUCCAACCUUUGCAAAUCUUAUAGACUACCCAUCCAUGAAAAAUGCUUUGAUACCAAGAAUUAAAAAUGCAUGUCUACAGACAUCUUCCCUUGCUGUUCGUGUAAAUUCAUUAGUGUGCUUAGGAAAGAUUUUGGAAUACUUGGAUAAGUGGUUUGUUCUUGAUGAUAUCCUGCCCUUCUUACAACAGAUUCCAUCCAAGGAACCCGCAGUCCUCAUGGGAAUUUUAGGUAUUUAUAAAUGUACCUUUACACAUAAGAAGUUGGGAAUCACCAAAGAGCAGCUUGCUGGAAAAGUAUUGCCUCAUUUGAUUCCCCUGAGUAUUGAAAACAAUCUUAAUCUCAAUCAGUUCAAUUCUUUCAUUUCCGUCAUAAAAGAGAUGCUUAACAGAUUGGAGUCUGAACAUAAGACUAAACUGGAACAACUUCAAAUAAUGCAAGAACAGCAGAAAUCUUUGGAUAUAGGAAAUCAAAUGAAUGCUUCUGAGGAGAUGAAAGUUACAAAUGUUGGAUCUCAGCAUAUUGACAAAGUCUUUAACAACAUUGGAGCAGACUUUCUUACUGGCGGUGAAUCAGAAAAUAAAGAGGAUGGGUUACAGAAUAAACAUAAAAGAGCAUCACUUACACUUGAAGAAAAACAAAAAUUAGCAAAAGAACAGGAGCAAGCACAGAAGUUGAAAAGCCAGCAGCCUCUUAAACCCCAAGUACACACACCUGUUGCUCCAGUCAAACAGACUAAGGACUUGACAGACACAUUGAUGGAUAACAUGUCAUCUUUGACCAGCCUUUCUGUUAGUACCCCUAAAAUUUCUGCUUCAAGUACCUUCACUUCUGUUCCUUCUAUGGGCCUUGGCAUGAUGUUUUCUACACCAGUUGAUAACACCAAGAGAAAUUUGACCAACGGCCUAAAUGCUAACAUGGGCUUUCAGACUUCAGGAUUCAACAUGCCGGUUAAUACAAACCAGAACUUAUUCAGUAGUCCAAGCACACCCGGAGUGACCAAGAUGACACUGGGAACACCUUCCACUUUGCCAAACUUCAGUGCUGUUCCUCCUGCUGGUGCGAAGCAGACUCAACAAAGACCCACAGAUAUGUCUGCUCUUAAUAAUCUCUUUGGCCCUCAGAAACCCAAAGUUAGCAUGAACCAGUUAUCACAACAGAAACCAAAUCAGUGGCUUAAUCAAUUUGUACCUCCUCAAGCGUCUCCAGGUAUGGGCAGUUCAGUAAUGGGAACACCAAUGAACAUGAUGGGACAGUCUGCCUUUGGUAUGCAGGCUAAUCCUUUCUUUAGCCCGCAGAACUUUGCACAGCCACCAACUACAAUGACCAAUAGCAGUUCAGCUAGCAAUGAUUUAAAAGAUCUUUUUGGGUGAGGUGUCUUGCUCUGUUUUUGAAGGAUUACUUCAAUUUUAAUCAUGGGUAAGCGAAUUUACAUCUUUGUAUAGUUGGCUUGGAGGAACUACUUCUAUGGGAAAGUGAAUGGUUCCAUGACAGAAAACACCUUGUUUCCAUGCCAGCAUAGUAAUUGUAUGGACUCGUAACAGUUGAGUUUUUUAAAGCAUUGAGGAAUUUUUUCCUCUUACCACCUCCUCUUCCAAGUUUUUAAAAGACCCAACCCUUACCAAUCUCUAAGAGAAAAAAGACACCUGAGUAUCUUGAAUAGCAGAAUUUUUUAAUCAAAUGUUUGUUUAUUUUAGCUUGUAAAUCUUGGGUUAUUUAAGAAAUUUUGAGUUGAUGGUUAAUGCAAGUUUCAUAUGUUAAAUACUACAUGGUACACAGUCUGCUUUCACAAGUCAUUAGUCUUUAAUGUGUGAAAAAUCCUGAUGCUCUAUUGAUUUGUUUGCAUUUAGUAUGACUGAAGGAGAUAAUGAUAAACAUAAUGAAAAGGAUCAGGUCACUUGCUUUUUCCAAUCUUAUUUACUUCACAGAUGAACUAAUGUUCAACACAAAAGACUGAACAAAUACUACAAAAUUUAACUUAAUGUUGAUUUCAUUGGUUCAAACUAAAGGCAUUAUUAACCAUCUUAAAUGCAAACUAAUCAUUGUAAAUUAUAUUUUAGCAUGGUCUGCCUCAAAUACUAAUGUAUUUUUCUGCAUUUACUUGGAUAUAUUUAGAAUCACUUUCUUUCCUACUGUAUGACAGAUAGAAGAAUAUGUACUGAUUUGUACAGAUAUUUGACAAAGCCCUCUGAUGUGAUUUCCCUGACUCUUGCCUUCAUAUUUCAUUUUGAAUUCAAACUUCUGAGGUUGUAGCACAUAUGAAUUGCAUUUUCAAAAGGAUAUUUGUAAGAAACUAUAUUUAAUGAGUAAACUUUUGAGAUUUCUGCUGUAUCGUUUCAAAUGUAAUAAACUUUACUUCUCUAAAAAUGAGCGGUUGUAUCUUCUCGCUACCAACAGAUUAACUUUCAGUUUACCAUGAUAAAGUCUGACCUCAUCAAUUACUGCAACUAAAGUUUAAUUGUGUUCUAGAAAUUUUAGGAAACUUUUGUUUGAACAUUUUUAUGUCCACAAUUAGCUAUUGUUAGCAAACAAAAAAAAAAUUCUUCUAAUAGGAAAUCUGCUUUAUUUUUAAAGUCUUUCUCUGAUAUUUUUCUUUGAUGUGCUGAUUAUUCAACCACAGAGCCUUAUGCUGUAAAUGUUAUUUGUAUUUUGUUUAAAUUAUAUUCCACCAUUAUGUGAUAACUUCAAAAUGAUCUUUCAGAGAACUAUAUAUGCAUUAUAGUUGCUGCCAUAGGGUUUGUGGUUUUUAAUUCUCUGAAACCAGCAAUCAUUUAAAGUAAAUCACAUGAAGUUUAGUGUGCUGAUACCAAGCUUAUUCAUUGAAAUACACACACACACACACACACACACACACACACACACAAAAUAUAUACAUUGAAUGUACAGUUCUUGAUUAUAAAAUGUUAUUUGUUGAUAAUAUUGCUGGCAGUAUUCAGUAAGGGGGUACUUUAAAAAAUAAAAGGUCAGCUUUA